UCCUUGAAGAAGAUACACAGAAAUUCAUUUAUUGUUAUAAUUGUUAUAAAUAAUUAUGCUAACAAUAUAAUGCAAAUUAUUUAGUUAUAAGCAAACACCAUGGCGUUCUUAGAGUGGCGUCGUUUUACAUUUUUUGAUGUACACAGAAAAAUUGACAAUGGAAAAGUGGCAGAAAAUUUACAAGAUACAACAAUAACAGCAACCACAAGUGGCAACUCUCAUGUGGUGCUGUGUGACAGCACUGGCUGGACCCACCUGGUGUCCCGCUCCUGGAAUAUCACUUUCUUCAAAGCAUAUGAACUCAGGGUCACACUCGCCCAGCAGUUACCUCAUGACCCAUUGUUGGUCACUAUUGGGGAAGAUGAAGCGGGCGCGCCGCUGGUGAAAGUAUGGGACUGGUCACGCCGCGAUCGACACGACAACCCGACAUGCGUGCGAGUGUCGCGCGCCGUGCCCUCGCACAUGCGCGCCACGCCCGCCACCGCGCUCGCCGUUCACGACAACAAGAACCUGCUUGCUGUGGGUUUCCAAGAUGGUUCAGUAACGUUAUACCGAGGGGACAUAGCCCGUCAGCGCUCCGGAAAGAUGAAGACUCUCAUGGACUCUGGAACCAGCCCUAUCACCGGCCUCGCCUUCAGUGGCGCAGACAAACUGUUUGUGGUGUCUCGUGCCAGUGUGUUGGUGUACUGGCUGGGCACAGAGCGCUGCGUGACAUUAGACAGCAAGGGAGCGUUGGCAGGCUGCUCGGUACACGACAGGCACCGUCUCACCGUGGCCACGGACGACGCAAUAUUCUGCUACACGAGCGAAGGGCGUGGUCCAUGCUACGCCAUAGAAGGCGAGAAGGUCCGUCUGGACUGGUUCCACAGCUACCUUGUCAUCACGACCAUCGCGGCCAAGCACGGCGCCGCACCGGCACACCGGCUCACUAUACUGGAUAUACAGAACAAGUUUAUUGUGUUCGAGAAGACUUUCGAAGAAAUCGAAGCCGUCCUAACAGAAUGGGGUUCAUUCUACAUCCUUACGAAAAACAAGGAGAUGAUAUACCUGGCAGAGAAAGACCUGCACUCGAAACUGUGGCUGCUGUUCAAAAAGAACCUCUAUGACGUGGCGAUAAGGAUAGCGAGCGGCCAGCAAUACGAUGCGGUGGGGCUGACGGAGAUAUACAAGCAGUAUGGGGACCAUUUGUAUGGAAAGGGUGAUCUAAAAGGUGCUAUCGAACAAUAUAUCAAGACGAUAGGCUGGCUAGAAACCUCAUACGUCAUCCGGAAGUACUUGGAAUCCCGUCACUUGGAACCUCUAGUGUUAUACUUAGAAGAGUUGCAUAAGAAAGGUGGUGCUACGGAAGACCAUACGACUCUGUUGCUGACUUGUUACGUCAAAUUGGACCAGCAUGAUCAGCAGGGGAAGUUGAAGGAGUUCAUCAAUUCCAAGGACAAGAUUAUUGAGUUCGAUGUCGAUGUGGCUAUUAAGGUAGUCCGCCAAGUCAGCAUCGAGGACGCCCUCACCCUCGCGGCCAACCACAAGCGCCACGACUGGUACCUCAAACUCAUGAUAGAAGACAAGAAAGCAUACAGCGAGGCACUGCACUACCUCUCAGACUUGGAGUUUGACGACGCCGACGCGUAUAUGAAGAAAUACGGCUUGAAGCUGAUACAGCAUCUGCCUGAAGAAAGCACCGAGUUUCUUAUCACACUGUGCACGGACUACAAACCCCGCAACAAACCCCUAGUCGACGAGGCAGCCCUAACCGGCGGCUACAAAGAACCCGAGCGCGCCAACCCUGACGACUACAUACACAUGUUUCUGUCCAACUCGGAGCAGCUCAUACACUUCCUCGAGCACAUGACGAAGGCGGAGUCUCAGAGCUCUACGCUCGUCUAUAAUGCGCUUAUAGAACAUUAUAUACAUGUGUGGGCUAAGUUCCCCGCCGACAAGAAGGCAGAAUACGAAGAGAAAAUUAUGAAGGUGCUACAAGACCCCGUGGCCAACUACGACAAAGACCAGACGUUGGUCAUCUGCCAGAUGCUGGGCUUCCGAUCUGGCAUGCUGUAUCUGUACGAGGAGAAUAAACUAUGGCGCGCACAAGUGGCGCUGCACAUGCGCGCAGGCAUGCCGGAGCGCGCGCUGGACGUGUGUCGCCGCCGCGGUGGCGCCGCGCCGCGACUGUGGCUGGAGGUUCUGUGGUGGCCCGUGCGAGCCGCGCCCAAGCCCGCCCCCACACCAAUACUGCCCGAGCUACUACAUGUCAUUGCCACGGAGAAACUUUUAUCUCCGAUUCUAGUCAUCGAUUGUCUAGCAAACGUGCCUUCAUACACUCUUGGAGAUGUCCGCAAGUACCUGACAGACGUGCUGAAAUCCGAAGACGACGUAAUAACCCGCGAGCAAGAGCUCGCUGCCAAGUACAAGGGGGAGAGCGAGCGAAUGAAGGCCCAGAUCCACACACUGCAACACGAGCCAGUUCCCUUCCAGAGCUCCAAGUGUGCUGCUUGCAACCGUCCGUUAGAACUACCUAGCGUUCACUUCCUGUGUCAGCAUUCCUUCCACCAACACUGUUUCCAAAGCUACUCCGAGUCGGAGCGCGACUGCCCCGCCUGCGACAAGCGCACGCGCCGCGAGCCGCCGCCUCCAGCUGCUGAAAGUUUACACGCCAGGCUGCACCAGGAACAUGACCCCUACGCAGUGGUAUCAGAGUACUACGGGCGCGGGUUAUUCAACAAGCUGACCGUUAUAACGGACGCCCAGGAGCCGGCGGCGCCCCGGCCCGGGCCCCCCGCCCCCGCAACCCCCGCCCCCGCCGGCUACGGGCCCGGCGCCGAGGCUAAACUCAGGCUACAGGAGGGACAGAGCAAGCAAGUAUUCGUAUCAAACGCCACCAAGCAAGUGGCACCGAAAGGAACCUCCGUGAUCCCAGUACCAGAAGGCCGCAUGCGCCUCAUAGAACAACAGCAAUACAGCUCCAGUCUAGAAGCCAACAUUUCCCGACUAGAGCCCAGAGUCCACAACCCCACCAAAACCUCCCCCCUAGCCUCGCCUAUGCCUAACAGAAAAAUGGGACCGAAAAGCCUAGGACAGUCUCCAAAAAUAUCAUCAGCUAUCAGUAAUGGAGCAAACAGAAACCCGUUCGAGGAAACGUACGAUGACACGAAAAACCCGUUCGCUGAUGAUGAGAAUGACCCCACGAACCCGUUUGGGGAGGAUGACGAUUAUGACAAAAAUCUGAACCCGUUCUCGUGAGGUUAGUUGGAUUGUGAUCUCAGUACUUUUAGGAAACUAGAACUCGCUCUGAGACCUUGGUGAAUGGUGUACUAACGAAUUUUGCCUUGGUUAAAAGUAUUCAC